CAGGAGCCUCCGGCCCCCCCCCUUUUGAGGCCUUGGCCUCUGGGGAUCUUUACAUGUCACCACCGCGGAAAAAAGGGCGCGCGGACGCCGCCGCCGCUCUAUCCACACGGGGGGGAGCCUCCACCCCUGAAGCAUAUACAUUUAUAUAUGUUUCAUAAGCUACGCCCUCUUUUCAUCUCACACUUCUCCUCUUGCUGUUGCGAUCGUCGCGAAAGUGCCAGGCCAUCUACUUUAGAGGCUUGAAAUAUAUGGUGUAUGAAGUACCACGACCAUGUCGUGGCUGAACUGGAAAGCAAAUGCUGCGUUCAAGAUCAUCGGACUUCGCUGUCCAGUGCCGUUGCCGCUCUACUCCCCACUAGCCGUUGUGCUAGCGCUUGAGGAUUUUGUGAUCCCUAUUCACGAUGAGGCGACCACCGAUUCAUCCACCGAGUCAGGUACCAGCAGCGAUGUCGCCAAGAACAAGGACAACUUCACUAAUGAUGUCGUCAGCGACGGUGGGGCCAACUACAACGAUGCUCCUGGACGAAGCAAGUCCUUCGAGGAGCAAGAGGAUCGUGAGAAGGAGUACGAUGAACAGGAACAAAGCUUUUUGGAGACGCGAAGAGUUUCACUGAGCCCUGAAGAAGUGGAAGACUUUUUCGCGCGGGGUAUCAAGGUAGGAUUUCCUGCCGAGUCAUAUGUGGACGAAGCUGAGGCUUUGAACACACAGAAAGUCCAGGAUCAAGUAGAACUAGAGACUUCAACAUCUACAUCAGGAGGAGCCAAACCUGCAGAUGAGGUAGCCGAUUCGACGAAGUGGCUGUACGUCGCCGUGGCUGGCGUUGGCGUGCUCGUCCUCUUGAUCGUAGGCGUCAUUUGCUUGUUUCGUUGUCGAGGCCAACAAGCCGCGGUAACCAGGCCAAGUUUGGGAAUGGGCGGGUCUCCCGGUCGAGCGUCAGCGUCAGGCCAAGUUUUGGACAGAACAUCGGGUUCGGAACGGGCUUCCGGGACGCUGGGCCAACAUGGUAUCGCUCAGCCUAUGGUUGGUCUAUUACGAUUAUAAGUCGACAGAGAGCUAAAGUUGAUCGAGAUUGGUGGAGGUUCAGGCCAGGUCUUGAUGAGACUGUGAUAUAACCGGGUGUUUCUCUCCUUUGAGUUUCUCUUUCGGUGCUGAAAAUGUUGACCUCUAUUGUCCAUAGUUGUAGCACUAAAAAUCGUGAACAAGAAGAAGGUCAUGCCUUCUCGUACUCUCUUCAACACCACCACAAAAAAUGCAGGAGCCGCGUCGUCAGUUCCCCCACAGCUUGGUGCGCCACUAAUCUUUCCGCAACAGCAGCCCGUGCCACUGAACGUUCCCCCGGUCUUGCCGCCACUGGCGGCGCCACCACUCAACACUCUCGUCCCGCCUGCAGGCGCUUUGCCGCUAGACCCGGUGUCGACAGUCGCCGCGACCCCGCCAGGAGACACCUCGAAGAAAAACGCCAAAAAGCCAGACGGACGCAAACAGUCCAGACCCAGGAGGUCCUCUAGACCCUCCGCCUCAUCCAGUACCAGUAGACCAAGCAGAAAUAUUUCUGCAAAAAAGAAUAGCACAAUUGAGGGUAGGCCGUCUGUCGCCCAGCCAAUGUCUUUCGGGUCUGCCGGGAGCCCCAGAGGGAGGAGACGGAGAGGAGAGGGACAAGCUGACGCAACAGAUACCGCAGGUGCCCCCAACAAGAACAACCAUGUGCCCGUGGAGGAAGGCGAAGAACCCACGACUCGCGAUUCUCCUUCACACGAUUCAACAUCACGGGCAGCGCAGUAGUUGCAGUUCUUGAUGACGAAAAUACUUAUAAUGAACUAACAAAGCACAUCUUCAAGCACUUAUUGAUGAAGAAUAUCGACUUCGACUUCAUUUUUUUCUUUGUGCUCACUGGAAAAUAAAGCUGCAUCUCGACUUUCCAAUCCUCUUUUUGUCAAGCCUUUUCAUUUGUUUUUGUCCAGUAAACUGAAUAGUAAUUGAAGAUGCUGUACUAAUGAAGCUACUUACAAUGAAUACUCAUUAUUUACAGGUCUUCCAUGAACCACGGGCACGGCUGCUCCGUCCUUUUGAUUUUAUUUAGUGGGCCUGGAUUGUUUCUGCUGCCAACGUGUGUUCGCCCAUCUUCAUCUGUCUCGCUUGCCUCUUUAAAUCUGUCUUGGUUGCCUCUCCUGACUGCUUUCUCGGUCUCUUUUUCUGUCGGUCCUUCGUUCUCCGUCGGUUCUUGGUUUUGAUUGCCUCUGAGGUUGAAGGUGCAUCUCAAGCUAAAUAGAUGUCGGUGGCACUGCGAUCUGUUGCUGCAAGUCGUAUUCAGGGCAGUAGACUUGAGCACGGUUAGAUUUGUUGCCACUUAAUAUCAAGUCCCAUAAUUUAGAACGAGAGAGAACUCAACGACCGAGCCGUGUUGACUCAAUCUCAUCAAGACCGCGCUCUUCCCUAGUACACUGACCAUUCUCUCGUCAAUCGAAAAUUUUAGCAAGGCGAAGAUCGUAAAAAA